GCGUCUCUGCCAGCAUUCGCACGUUAUUCACGCCGGUUUGUUUAUGUUUACUUCCGUGCACCACGCGGUCCCUGCUGGAUGGUGUGCGUGCAAGCGCUUCCACGGGUUGGUGUGCGUGUCGUUCGCAGCGAGUGUCACAAUUUGACAAUUGCGUUGUCAAAAACGAUUUUUCUCGCUCGGUCGUUCCCAUUAGAAUUCUAGUUGGGAUAAUUUCAUUGUUUGCAAUCUGUUUGAAGAAAACUUUUCGGGGAAAAUGUAGUUUGAAACGGUGUGAUUACCGUGAAUCAAUUAUGGAUAGUGAUGUUUUAUGAUGGUGAAGUGAAUGACACGGAAAUAUUCCGGUGAAAUAAAUGUUGGGGCCAGCAUUACAAACUUCAUGGGAAAACAUAAUGGGACAAGAUGGUUCAAAGCUUUAUCGAGAUAAAUGGCAUGAACUAGGGUUUCGAUUGAUAAGAAAAUGAGCUGGAUUGCAGUUAUUAUCGAUUACAAGUGAAUUAGGGACAAUGCGGAACAAUUGAUUUUUCACGGUGUUCAGUUCGCCGAAUGAGUUGUUAAGCCGGAUAAAAUGUCGUGCCCAAAUUUAAUGGUGGCUAGACAGACUGUCGCCACCGAUGUGCUAUAGCUGAACGGAGGAGAUCAAAUCACAAGUGAAUGCUUUGCCUGAGCUAGAGCAGUGAAAAGAUUGGACAUCUUUGAAAUGGAAUCAGUGGCAGAUGCCGUCUCUGCCUCGAAUUCAUUAACAAACUCGGAAGAGACAACAAAUGAAGCAGAGGAAGAACUUGAAGGAGCAGUUGGUAGUUCGGAACCUGACAUAAAUGCAAGGCUGUCUAUCGCUUUAAAAACCACUGAUGAUGAAGAGGAUGAGCCACCUGAAUUAAAAAUUCAAGAUAAUCUCCCACCAACACCAUAUGAAGAAUGCUUGGAUCUGAAGAUUUUCGAAACUCUUGCCCAACAAGAAUCUCAGGCAGAAUUUCAGCAUGCAGAGGAUAAAAAUAAUGACACAACUAGUCUACGUUACAUAGAUGGUGAUGGUACAUCGCCUUAUCGAUCGACCGAAUCUUCGGUCAAGCCUUCGCCGGUGUGCUGUGCGGCAACUACUCCAACUUCCAAUAGCGGACAUCAUGGUGAUUCAUGUGGAUCAUCGAGCUCUUCAGCCCCGUGCUCUGGGGUACGUCGUAAGGCUAAAGUGGCUUCGACAUCGCUUGAAGAGCCCGUUGCCAAUGGCACGAAAAAGAAGGUUCGGCCAAAUGGAUCUCUUAAGUCAUCGCCCUCGCAGGAAUAUCUCCAAAUUUGGACAACUUCCUCCGGAGAUGUUCAAGCUGUUGAAGGAAUUCCAGUGCAGAAGCAAGUAACUAGUCCUACUAUUCAGGUGCAUCGUCCAUUGGAACGGUCUUGGCCUCCAAAGCAUCAGCGAAAGCAGCAGUUACAACAAGGAUCGGAAGAAUUUUCCUUCGAUAUCAUUGACACGGAUGAGCAAAGCAUUGCAGAAGCUUCCACGUCUGCUGUGGAGUUUGCCCCCGGGGAGUUCUUUGAUCAGAACCCAAAGCAGUUGCGACAUGAAAAAGUAGCUCGUGUGAUUAAGCAGCCUUUGGAAGGUAUAAACGAGGGUGCUCCCUUAGCGACACCCGAAACUGAUGGGAGCUUGUCGGAUAACACGCCAUUGAGAUUAGGAAGACUAGACAGGAAUGCAAAUCCAGAUAUAGAAACUGUAGCCGAAGUAGCUGAACCCAGUGCCAGUAGCAUAAAGCCCCUGUUGAGAAAGACUUGCAGAGCUGAAUACAGCUUUCCAGAUAUGGAUCAACAACCGUCUUGCUCUAAUGAAUCUACGACGAUCGAACUUGGUGCUGAACAGAACAUUAAGCCCCAUAGACCGUUGACGAGGACCCUGUCGAACGGAAGGAACAAACAUACCGUGAACGGUCCACUCUUAACUAGUGAUCUAAUUGUUGGAGAACCAAUCCGAGCAACUCAUGUCAUAUUUCCCAUCCAGAGCUUAUCGCCUUGCGCAAGAAGUCCCCCAUCCGGAUCGUCCACUCGUUCAGGAUCCCCUUUGGAGCAUUCACCAGAUCGAUCAUCUCCGGUCAUUAUGCAUCCAAAACCUAUCCGGCCACAACCUCGCCCAUUGACAAGAGUGGGCUGCUCUCGGAACGAUCUGAUAUGCCCUCCGACGCCAACGCAUCACGCCCGACGUCUUCGUGUUCUAUCUGAUAACUUUGGUCCACCUGAUUUGAGGCCACGCAACGUAUUUUCACCAGAGACGGUCAUGUCUCCUGAAAUGCGAUACAAUGAGCUAGUCGCUGUUACUGGGAACCGAGUCGAUCAACUACGAGUGGGCGAAGGACGUGAAGAUGAGAUUGAAACCGAUUCGCCGGUAAGGCAUUUGACAAGUACAAGACUUCCGUCCAUUCCGGAGCGUGCUCGAGGAGCCUUGGCAGAGCCCGAAGAACCUCUCCCACCGGCAUGGGAAGCUAGAAUGGAUAGCCACGGUAGAAUAUUCUACAUUGAUCAUGCCACGCGGACUACUUCCUGGCAAAGACCAGGAGCUCACGCCGGCAUCAAUGGUCCGGAACAGCAUCGCCAACAGCUUGAUCGCCGUUAUCAAUCCAUCAGAAGAACUAUCUACGAUCGGCGGGACGGUGGAAGCCGAAGUCCUCCAAGAUUUGGAUUUGAACCAAUUAAUCCACGUCAAGGAGCAUCAGCCAUUGCAGUUGCCAUCAACGCUGCUCAAAUCGAAAACCUUCAAUUCGAUCGUGCAGCUCACCCAGCGUUGCUGAUGAUCUGCCGUCCGGAUUUCUACUCCAUGCUACAUACCAACACGGAUGCCAUACAGAUCUACAACCGCAAUUCUGCACUAAAGCACAUGGUUUCACGGGUACGACGGGACCCAACUUGCUUCGCACGCUAUCAGCACAAUCGUGAUCUGGUGGCGCUAGUCAACUGCUUCGUUGCGCCAGAUAAAGAUCUACCGACCGGGUGGGAAACCAAGAUGGACCAGAGCGGCAAACAGUUCUUCAUCGAUCAUGCCAAUCGGCGAACGUCUUUCAUGGAUCCGCGAGUGCCUACAGACUGUCCGCGGGCUCGCCACAGACCCGAGCAGUUGAUCGCUGCCGCUGCAGUGGCUCCGGUGGACAUCGCGCCUAUCCCACCACCUCGACCACCGGCCCUGCCCCGACUGAGCAUCGGAUCACCGGAGAUUCCGGUUGCCUAUAAUGAUAAGGUAGUGGCAUUCCUGCGGCAACCGAACAUCUUGGAAAUACUACGCGAACGGCACGGUGCGGCAGCCUGCUCACGAAAUCUUCGCGAUAAAAUCAACUCCAUCCGGGUGGAAGGAACGGCGGCCUUGGAUCGACUCAGCCACGAUCUGCAGCUGACGAUCCUGCUCAGCCUAUUCGAGAACGAGAUUAUGAGCUACAUCCCCGUGGAGGCUCGCAGUCCGCAAGGUUCACCGAAUCUCAAUAGUUCCCGUGUGCCGCAACGUGCCCCUCCUCCCUUCCGGCGAGAUUUCGAAGCCAAGCUGCGGACCUUCUACCGGAAGUUGGAAUCGAAAGGAUUCGGCCAGGGGCCGCACAAGCUGAAAUUACACAUCCGCCGGUCCCACCUGCUGGAGGAUGCCUUCCGCCGGAUCAUGUCCGCCAACAAAAAAGACCUCCAACGGGGACGCUUGGCCGUGCUGUGGGACACCGAAGAAGGCCUGGACUACGGUGGUCCGUCUCGUGAAUUCUUCUUCCUGCUGUCCCGCGAGCUGUUCAACCCAUACUACGGUCUGUUCGAGUACUCAGCAAACGAUACCUACACGGUGCAGGUAUCGCCCCUGUCGGCCUUCGUGGACAACAGCCAUGAUUGGUUCCGCUUCAGCGGUCGUGUCCUGGGGUUGGCCCUCGUCCAUCAGUACCUUCUGGACGCCUUCUUCACCCGGCCGUUCUACAAAGCUCUGCUGCGGCUUCCGGUAGCGCUAAGUGAUCUGGAAUCUUUGGAUAAUGAAUUUCAUCAGUCGUUGCAGUGGAUCCGGGAUAACGACAUCGGAUCCGGAACGUCACUGGGGCUCACGUUCUGCGUCACGGAAGAGCUGCUGGGUAGGGUAGUGGAGCGGGAGCUCAAGCCGGGUGGUAAGAACAUCCCCGUCACGGAGAAGAACAAACGUGAGUAUUUGGAGCGGAUGGUGAAGUGGCGGCUGGAGCGUGGAGUCCAGGAGCAGACGGAAUCGCUGGUGCGUGGCUUCUAUGAAGUCGUCGAUCCACGUCUGGUGUCGGUAUUCGACGCGCGGGAACUGGAGCUGGUGAUUGCCGGAACGGCAGAAAUAGAUCUCAACGAUUGGCGGAUAAAUACGGAGUACCGCAGUGGUUACCACGAUGGGCACCAGGUGAUAGUGUGGUUCUGGCACGUGAUCGAAAAGUUCUCCAACGAGCAACGGUUACGGUUACUACAGUUUGUGACGGGAACGUCCAGCAUCCCGUACGAAGGAUUCGCAGCUCUUCGGGGCUCGACCGGCCCACGGCGGUUCUGCAUAGAGAAAUGGGGCAAACCGAACGCCCUUCCGCGAGCGCACACCUGCUUCAACCGUUUGGAUCUACCACCGUAUCCAACGCCGGAUAUCCUGUACGAAAAGCUCCUGCUAGCCGUAGAAGAAACCAAUACAUUCGGAAUUGAGUAGCUAACUGGAAACGGUGAACUCUGGCUCAGCCGGAGCGACGUGUUCUUGUACUAUCUGUUGCUGUUUCUGUUUUAUAGUGUAUUUAUUUUCUAUUUCUUCAAGAUUUUAAUCGUUCA